UCUAUUUUUUGGCAUUUUUCGAUACAAAAUCGAAAUUAUAAGUAUCUUCAUUCUUAGCAUAGAUGAAAUGUUUAGAUUAAAUUGUUAUUAGUAAUACCUUAUUCAUUCUAAUUGUAAACAUCUUAAUUUGUGGUGGAUUGUGCAUCAUGAAGACACUUAGUGCAUAAACAGUGAAAAUGUCUACAUUAAUCCAAUCGUAUGAACAGCAGUAUUCAGUGCUCACAGCUGAUAUUACUUCCAAAAUAGGACGUUUAAAAUCUUCUAAUGAAGAUGAUCGAGAACAGUUGUCAAGACAAAUCCAGGCCAACUUUGAAGAAGCGAAUGAUUUGCUGGAACAGCUGGAGUUGGAGUACCGCGGCUCAGGGUCUGGGUCCCGGGUCGCGGCGUACCGCGCGGAGCUGCAGAGGGUGCGGGAGGAGUACCGCUCUGUUGCCAGCAACAAUGCUACAUACAACAUAGACCCAGAUGAGUAUGAAGACUGGUCAAUGGUGAACGAACAGAGACAGAGGCUUCUAGAUAACACUGAGACGCUGGAGCGGACGGGCAAGACUCUGACGGAGGGAUACAGGGUCGUGUUGGAGACAGAGCAGAUCGGAGCUGCUGUGCUAAAUGACCUAAGCUCACAGAGGGAGACCAUUCAGAGAUCCAGGGGACGGUUACGUGAGACGGACGAGCAACUGAACAGAUCGUCCCGUCUCAUGAACAACAUGGUGAUGAGAGCUCUGCAAGAGAGGUUUAUCCUGGGGGCCGUGGCGCUCGCGCUGGCGGUGCUCACUGCCGUAGCGGUGUACUUCUACGUCACCUAGCGCCUCACUGGCGACAGCGGACAGGGUUUUCGCUCAUUGGAUGGCCAUGUAUUGAAAUUCGAGCUCCUUCCUUUGAUUAUGUCGGCGCCAGAGACUGCAGUGUGAUACAUAAUUAUGCUAUAUCGCCGAUACCGCUAGUAUAAAUAUACCAGUAUAUAUCACAUGUAUAAAAAAUUCAUUUGAUGUCUGCUAAAAUUAUAUUCCAAUGAUUUUUACAUGUCACUUCCUUGUCAGAAACAAAAUCUGACAGAAAAAAUAUCCCUUCGAUUUUAUUCUAUUUUUUACAACAGAACAUUGAAAAUAAAGUAGAUAUGUAAGUGGAUAAACAUUGCAUUGUAAAACUUAUCUUAUGUAAAUAAUUUUUAAAUACAUAUCAAAAAUUGCGAAACUGGCAGGAAUCGAAUCUGCGUCGUCUGGGUACUUUAAAUUUAUCUACAUAAGGUAAUUUUAUAAUUUAUAAGAUAGUGUUUUUACCUACAUUUCAAGGAAAUUUCUAAAUAGUUUUAAAUACAUAUCAAAAAAGUGAUCCUUUAAGGGUUCCGUUUUUCCUUUUGAGGCACGGAACCCUAAAGAUGCGGAACCCGCAGGAAUUAAAAAUCAUUUAGAAAUUUCCUUGAAGUGAAGGUAAAAACACCAACAUAAGGAUUAUAAAAACCGAAAUGAAGAUAUUGUGUAUAAAUCGCUGUGUAUUUUUUAUGUAUUUAAUUAAUCUUUGACGUGAGACUGUUAUGUAAUCUUUGGUUAAGUAGAUAGGAGAAUCAUUAAGCCGGCCCCAGACUCAAAAAAUUCAAAAUGUUUUUAUUUAAUUAAACUUUUGCAAGUGCUUUUGAAUCGUCAAAAAAAUCUACCACUGGUUCGGAAUUCCGUUCCUACCGAGAAGAAACAGCGAGAAACUCGGCGGUUGCUCUUUUCAAGUACAUAUUCAGUAUACAAUAAUAUUCAUACAGUUAUGGAAUGCUGCAUGCAAUGCUGCUGAGAACAGCAGAAAAAAGACGAGAUAUUUUCGCCUUUCCUCGGUUCAGAGGCGGAUUAUACAAGGUGUAACCAGAACACUAUCAAAAACUUAGCGUACUUAAUUAUUGUACUACCUUAAUACAAUGCCCAUAACCAUUUGCCUUAUCUUGUAGUUUAGUGAUUUAGUAUUUUUCAAACCAGCAUUGAGUGCAAAUCUCGGGUCAAUGCGCCAUCUACGAAACGGUAUUGACUUCAAAUGACCUAUUUACGAAACGUUCGUUGAGCUCUAGUGUCAGUCAGAUGUUUUAUUUGCAAUAUAUUGUGAACUGUUAAAAAUUACAGGAUUUUUUUGUAGUUUUUUUUUUUAUGGUAUCUUAUCAGUAAUCAUCAAUACCUGUCUUCGUUUUUAGUAGCGUUGGUUACACCCUGUAUUAUUAUGUCCAAGACUGAAUUUGGGAAAGAAGUGGGAUGAUCUUCGGCGUUAGUCUGGAGCUGCCUUUACAAUAGAUAGGAUGCAGUUGUUUUAUUUUUAAGCUUAAUUUAUUGAACCUACCUGAUUAAUAAAGUCAUGCAUUAAGUAUA